AUGGUUUCCUCUCUCCAGCGACUCACUCUAACUUCUUUUCCACUCAGAAGCAUCCAUUUCAUUUCACACUCAUGUGACUUACGACUGAACGUAAACGAACGUAGUAACGUACGACUGAACCGGAACGAACGUGGUGACGUACGACUGAACCUAAACGAGCGUGAUGACGUACGACUGAACUUGAACGAGAAUGGUGGCGUCCGACUGACUCGGAACGAACAUUGUAACUUACGACUGAACCUGACCGAGACUGGUGACGUACGACCUAACCUGAACGAGAGUUGUGUCGUUCGACUGAACCUAAACGAGCGUGGUGACGUACGGCUGAACCUGAACGAAAUUCGUGACGUACGACUGAACCUGAACGAGCAUGGCGAUUUACGACUGAACCGGAAGGAUCGUUGUAACUUACGGCUGAACCUAAACGAACAGUGUGACUUACGUCUAAAACUCACAAAUUUUCUAUCUAUUGCCAAUUACCCUACUAUUCGUCAUAUUUUCUUCAUAUCUAUCUAUACAAUGUUUUGUUUUUCUCAUGCAUGCACAUCUCAAGUGCAGCCUUGCCCGCAGUGGUUCAUCUCUCGGGUCACCACUGACAACGGAUUAAUUUUACUUACUCUUCUUUCUCUCUCUUUUUCUUUCUCUCUCUCUCUCUCUCUCGCUUUCUCUUUCUCUCUCUUUCCUCUUCUCUUUCUUUCUCUCUUUUAUUUCUUUCUUUCUCUCUUCUCUUUCUCUAUUUUAUUUCUCUCUCGUUUUCUCUUUUCUCUCUCUCUAUCUCUUCUAUUUUCUUUCUCUCUCUCUCUCUCUCAAUUUUUGUUUAUUUUAAGACAACAAACAGAGAGAGUAGGUACCUCCACGAAAACAAUCAAUAUACCGUGUUGA